UCUGAUGGAUGUUUGGAGAAUGAGAGAAUUGCUCUGUUGCAAAUCAAAUCUCAUUUCAAUUCUUCUUCUUCUUCUUUUAUGUCUGCUUGGGGUAUAACUGCUGACUGUUGUAGUUGGGUACGCGUAGACUGCAACUCCACCACAGGGCAUGUUGUCCAACUCUCUCUUUAUGAUGUAAAAAGCACAGAAGGAGAUUAUUGGUAUCUAAAUGCUUCUUUGUUUCUUCCCUUCCAGCAAUUGAAUUCUCUUACCCUGUGGGGAAAUAAUAUAGCUGGUUGCAUCAAGAAUGAAGGUUUUGAAAGGUUAUCAGCACUUGGCAAUUUGGAGCAUCUUGAUUUAGGUGGCAACAGUUUCCACAAAAGCAUCUUAUCAUCUCUAAGUGGUCUUUCAUCUUUAAAAAUUUUAAGUCUAUAUGGAAAUAGAUUGAAAGGGAUAAUUAACAUUGAAGAGUUCAAUCAUCUAAGAAGUUUGAAGGAGUUGAGUUUAUCAGAAAAUGCAAUUGAAGGCUUCAUAUCUUCAAAUGGUAAUGAAGAAGUACUGAAACUGAGCAAUUUGGAGUACCUUUCUUUAAGUUCUAAUCAUGUUAAUAUCAGCCUUUUAUCACCACUCACUAGACUUCCAUCUCUCAAAUAUUUAGAUUUAGAAUAUAAUCAACUGGAAGGACCAUUCAAUUUCAAAGGUUAGAUAUUAUUUUUUAUUUUUCAAUUUUUUUUUACUAUUUGAUCUAAAAAAUUUUAUAAUUAUAUAAUUAUUUUUGCUUUCUCAUUAAAUUAGAAUUGGGCAAAAGCAAGCUAGUGACAUUGAACUUGAGUGGCAAUAACAUUACAAAAUUUGUAGACUCAAGAGAAAUAAGGGCUUCAAACAAUAUAAGUGAGCUGUAUUUAAAUCAUAUCACCAUAACAAAAGGAAGCAAGUUAUUGGAAUCAUUGGGAGCAUUUAGCCACCUUAAAAGUCUAUUUCUGGAGUCAUGUAAAUUCGAAGGAGCAAUGCUCAAUCAAGGCUUGCCUCAUCUGCAAAAAAUUGGAGCAAUGUCUUCUCUUAAGAAAUUAUCAUUGCGUAAUUGUGGACUUAAUGACUCAGAGUUUCUAAACCAAGGUAAAAUUAAUAUUAAUCCCUCUUUAUUUUUGAUUUAUUUCAUCUUGAAGAUUUGGGCCAAAACUUUUGCAAAUGAAUUUACAGGUGUCUGCAAAUUAAAACAACUUCAAGAGUUAGAUAUUUCCUAUAAUGACAUCAGUGGUGGCUUGCCUUCAUGUCUGGCUAACAUGACAUCUUUUCAAUCGUUAGAUCUCUCUUCCAAUAAUUUUGUUGGAAACAUCUCUCUCUAUCCAUUUAAGAGAUUAACAAAUCUCGAAUAUUUGGAUUUCUCAUACAAUCUUUUCCAAAUUCCAAUUUCGUUGGAUCCAUUUUUCAACCAUUCAAAACUCAAACACUUUAAAAGUCGGGAUAAUAAUGAAAUAUAUGGAGAAAAAACUGAACAAAAUUUGACCCCAAUGUUUCAACUAGAGACUCUUUCUAUCGAUGGUUAUGCAUGCAAUGAAACAUUUCCCAAAUUCCUUUAUUAUCAGCAUAACCUACGAGUAGCCAGUCUGCAGAGCUUGAAAUUGAGAGGAAGAUUUCCAUAUUGGUUGUUAGAAAACAACACAAAACUAGAAAAGCUUUACUUAAAAAAUAAUUCCCUUUCAGGACCUCUUCAAUUACCACUUCAUUCCCAUUUGAAUUUGUCAUUCUUAGAUAUCUCAGAUAAUCUCUUCCAUGGAAUUAUUCCACUAGAUAUUGGAACACAUUUGUCGAGAUUGGAACUUGUAGACUUGUCUAAAAAUGAUUUCAAUGGUAGCAUUCCUUCUUCAUUUCGAAAUAUGAGCCUAUUGCAAAUUUUAGACUUAUCCAACAAUGAUAUUUCUGGAAGUCUACCCUCUGAUUUUAGCUGUUCAAAUAUGAUAGGAGUUUAUUUGUCUAGAAAUCAGCUUCAAGGAUCAUUAGAAGAUGCAUUUUUCGAUUGCCUUCAAUUGGUUGUGUUAGAUCUUAGCCACAAUAAUAUGACUGGAAGCAUUCCAUCAUGGUUUGAAAGAUUUUAUCAAUUGGGCUAUAUGAUUUUAGGUCAUAAUAAUAUUGAAGGGGAAAUCCCAAUUCAGUUGUGCAAUUUGACCCAAUUAAGCUUGAUUGACCUUUCACAUAAUAAUCUGUCUGGUCAUAUUCCCCCUUGUCUAAGAUCUACAAGCAAUUUUGCUUCCUUGUCUUUGUCUAGUGGUGAAGAGAUAGAAUUCACAACGAAGAGAAAUAUCUAUUCUUACCAAACAAGCAUGCUGGAUUACUUCUCAGGAAUUGAUCUCUCAUGCAACAAGCUGAUAGGCCAAAUUCCUAUCCAAAUUGGUUACCUCAAUGAGAUCCAUGUACUAAAUUUAUCCCACAACAAUUUGAAUGGAAAAAUCCCAGCAUCAUUUUCUAACUUGAGUCAAAUUGAAAGCUUGGAUCUUUCACACAACAACUUGCAAGGGAACAUUCAUUCUCAACUCACUGAGUUGGAUUUUUUGGAAGUCUUCAAUGUAUCAUGCAAUGAUUUAUCUGGUAAAACACCGGAAAAGGUUAAACAGUUUGCAACAUUUGAUGAAAGCAGCUAUCGAGAUAACCCUCUUCUUUGUGGAUGGCCAUUGCAAAAAGAUUGUGCUACAAUGGAAUCUUCUCCAUCAAUCUCAAGAAAUUCAAAUGAUACUGAAGAAAGUAAUUGCUUCAUUGACAUGGAAGGUUUUUAUGUGAGUUUUGGGGUGGCUUACGUUAUGGUGUUGUUGACAAUUGCUGGAGUUUUAUUCAUAAAUCCAUAUUGGAGGCAAGUUUGGUUUUACUUCGUUGAGGUUAGUAUAGACAAGUGCUACUAUUUUCUAAUAGACAAUCUUGGUUGUUUGUCCAAGUUUAAAUUAUUUUGAUGGUGAAAUCAAUAUCAAGAAUUAUGUAUUUAUAUACUUUUACUUUCAACAUCAAUAAAUAAUGUAAA